UGCUGCCCUGCCCGAGCUGUGACCCCCGGCUUCCCCGGGCCUGCCGGGCUGGGUGGAAAGGGUCCUGGGGCUGCCGUGGCCGGGAGCUCCCAGCCUCAGCGUCUACGUGCGCGUUCUCAGUGGUGGGCACCGGUGUGGGGGCAGCGCGGCAGAUGCUGGCUUCCCGGAUUCCUCUGCCUUGUCCCCUGGAGGGGACCCACCUCAAGGAGCGGGCCCUGGCGGGUGGGGAGGACAGGGCCUGUGGGCAUGGCGGACCCCCUACUCCAGGCUCAGGGCACCAGAGCUGGCUCAGGACAGACUGUCUCCUGCCCUUGGGGCUCUCCCUGGGAAUGGGGGCCGGGAAUCCCGGCACCAUCUUGAUGGAAGGGGUGGGACCGAGGGCAGCUGGCCCCUCCCUGUGCCAGGGCCAAGGCCUCAAAUACCAGCUGGGCUCUGAUGCCACAGCUGCUACGCCACACACAGGCCCCGGACAAGAAGCCUGACUCCCACUGGGACCAGGAGCCCUGAGCCUCGGGCACCACCUCAUCAGCAAACCAGCCGUUCUGCUCCAGGCCAUGGCCGGGCCCCGGGCCCUGCUGGCCUUGCUCUGGGCGCUGGCAGCCGUCGGGGCCACGGCUCUGCGCAUCGGAGCCUUCAACAUCCAGAGUUUUGGCGACAGCAAAGUGUCGGACCCGGCCUGCGGCAGUGUCAUCGCCCAGAUCCUGGCUGGGUAUGACGUGGCCCUGGUGCAGGAGGUGCGGGACCCGGACCUGAGUGCCGUGUCCGCGCUCAUGGAGCAGAUCCACAGCGUGUCCAAGCAUGAGUACGGCUUUGUGAGCAGCAAGCCGCUGGGCCGGGACCAGUACAAGGAGAUGUACCUGUUUGUCUACAGGAAGGACGCGGUGUCCGUGGUGGACACGUACCAGUACCCAGACCCGGAGGACGCCUUCAGCCGAGAGCCUUUCGUGGUCAAGUUCUCGGCCCCUGGCUCCGGUGAGGCUGGCUCUGCCCCCAGGUCCCUGCCCCCAGACCCCGGCGUCAAGGCUGACGUGCCCACCCUGCACCCCGCAGCUGCCCGGGAGCUGGUGCUGAUCCCGCUGCACGCCGCCCCGCACCAGGCCGUGGCCGAGAUCGACGCCCUCUACGACGUGUACCUGGACGUGAUUGACAAGUGGGGCUCGGACGACAUGCUGUUUCUGGGCGACUUCAACGCCGACUGCAGCUACGUGCGGGCGCAGGACUGGGCCUCCAUCCGCCUGCGCAGCAGCGAGGUCUUCAAGUGGCUCAUCCCGGACAGCGCGGACACCACCGUGGGCAACUCGGACUGCGCCUACGACCGCAUCGUGGCCUGCGGCGCCCGCCUGCGCAGGAGCCUGAAGCCCCAAUCGGCCACCGUGCACGACUUCCAAGAGGAAUUCGGCCUGGACCAGACCCAGGCUCUGGCCAUCAGCGACCACUUUCCUGUGGAGGUGACCCUCAAGUCCCGCUGACAGCAGGCCUGGCCGGGGCAGGCCACCUGCAGACUCAGGCCAAGAGGAAGGGGCCCCGGUGAGGCUGUGGGGCAGGGCCAGCUGGGUGUGGGCCAGCGAGGGGCCCUCGGCGGUGCUCAGUACACAAGCCAGCUGCGGCCGGGUCAGCUCCAGGCCUGUGUGUCCUUUCUCAGGGCCGGCCCCUCCAGGGCACAGCCUUCGUGCAGCCCAGCCCCUCAAGGACGUCUCCUGUCCCAGGGCCGGGGGAGGCCGCCUGCCGGCCCUCCUUACACAGGUGUAAGUGAGCCAAGUGCGGCCAGCACAGCGGGGGGCCGACGCCCCAGGCCAGCUUCCUGGGCUGUGCUCGCCCACUCCCGCGGGACCCUCGGGUACUCGUAUCCGGGCCCUGUCCACCCCACAGUGGCAACAUCGCCGAGGUCCAGCCGACGCUGCCCUCCCCUGGGUGGUGGGGUUGGGGGGUGCUGGGCUACAGGGAACAGAGACUCUUAGCCAAGGUCAACAAAAUAAAGGACUGGAGGCAUCUUA